AUGGACGUGUUUUCAAUGAUCAAACAGACCAUCACAUCGGAUGACUCCAACCCAAUCACGAAAUAUUUCGAAAUUGGGCGUCAAGUUGGUAGCUACGGGCCAGAAAUGGUCUGGAAAAUUUAUGAUGCCGUUCGAAAGGAGGACAAAAAGGAAGCAUCGGUGUGUAUCUUUGAGAAGAAGAUUGCUGACAAGCUCCAUAAACCGAGGAGACGUGAGACAGUGACAGAAAUACUACGACAAGGAGUCCAGCUUUUAGAGAAGUUCAAACACCCUCGGUUACUGGGUAUCCUACAUCCACUGGAGGAGAGUCAUAACAGCCUUGCCUUUGCCACGGAGCCAUUGUUUGCCAGUCUUGCCAAUGUCCUCGGUCGCUACGACAGGAUACCGACGCCUGCUCCACCGGAAAUAAGGGACCAUGAAUUCCUGGACUAUGAAAUACAGUACGGUAUACUACAGAUCACAGAGGCCUUAUGUUACCUACAUGCUGUUGAACAGAUGGUUCACAAAAAUGUCUGCCCGCAGUCAAUCCUCAUCACGAAGAGAGGCACGUGGAAAUUAUCGGCCUUGUGCUUCGCGGAGACUGUACGAGAUGGAAAGGAUUCUGUGAUUUGUCAUCCCUGGAGUACUAAAGUGCCUAAAAUGGCUCAGCCUGAUUUGAACUACAUAGCCCCCGAGACCCAAAACUCUAAAUAUUGCUACUUUUUAAGUGAUAUGUUUGCUCUUGGAAUGGUCAUAUGCACUAUAUUCAAUAACGGUACACCACUCAUUGAGGCGGAGCAUAACACAACUACCUAUCAAAAACAGUUAGAUCAGAUCACGGAGAAAUUCAGUGACGUUGCUCACCGGAUGCCCCUCCCCUUGGUAGAGCCCGUGGAAAAAAUGAUUAAUAAAGAUAUCCGAUACCGCCCGACAGCUCAGCUUUUUUGUUUGUUAAAAUAUUUCAACGAUCCCAUCCUUAGAAGUUUACAACAGCUAGAUAAUAUAGAUAUAUUGGAAUAUUGCCAGAGAGCAGAAGUAUACGCAUUUAUAGCACAAGUCAUCCCCAGUAUACCGAAAAAAAUUUUAUAUCGCCAUGUCUUCCCCGCCCUUUGCCUUGAAUGCUCAAUAGCCGACACAAUCACCAGUGCAUUAACUCCCUUGCUAACCCUUAUCGACUUUGCCACGCGGGAAGAAUACGUGGAGAAGAUCCUGCCCUUUUUCCGAAUGAUCAUGAACUCGCCCAAGCCAGUACAGGCGACAGUGUACAUACUUGAUAAGCUGGACACGGUGCUGAUGAAAAGUCCAGCAGAUGAGAUACGGUCAGAAGUCCUACCCUUCGUCUUCAAUAGUUUGGAGUCCAACUCAUUACAGGCACAGGAGGCAGCUUUAAAUGCAAUUGGUAUUAUCAAAGAGUACUUGGAUGAUAGUGUGAUGAGAAAUAUGGUGCUACCUCGGGCAAAAGCUCUUUACCAUAAGGGAAGCAAUGUGAGGGUGCGGCUGAAUGCGUUGUCGUGUAUUGACUACUUACUAGACAGUCUAAACAAGAUGAUCAUUCUUGACGAGGUCUUGCCCUUUUUAACUGAUAUCACUGGUCAUGACCCUGACAUUGUUAUGGCAGUGGUCGGUAUAUAUAAACACAUGCUAAGUGACAAAAAAUUUGGCCUCACUCAUAAUCUGAUAGCCACGAAAGUAAUGCCUCCUCUCAUUCCACACACCGUCAAUCCUGGCUUAAGUAUGGAAAAGUUUAGUGCACUAAUGGAGGUUCUGAGAGAGAUGUUGGAGCAGAUUGAUAGAAAACGACGGAAUAAGAUGCAGGAGGAGACAUCAGCUGUACCGCUACCAAAAAGGGGAUCCAUAUGCAUGCCAUUGGUGGAUGGUAAGACAAAGGAUGACAAAGCGGGUACACCCUCUUCAUCUCGAAUCUUUUUGACUGUCGAAAACAGUGGCAUGUCAAAAAGUCGCACAGAACAAUCUCUGUCCAAGUUGUCCCUGAUUGGUCACGACAGAUCACGUGAACAAAUAGCAGUCCUGACGCCAGCAGCCCCGAACAGCCCCGAUCUGCAGCAUGUGAAAGACGACAAACUAUCCCUGAAUCCAGAAAAAGAAAGCCAGCGUCGGUUCAGUUUGAUUCCGCCCGCUGGAGGAACGCCUGGAAUUAGCCUCAUCUCGGACGAAAGUCCCUGCUCGGAUCGCCCCAGACGUCCGAGCACGCAGAGUCUUGGCCAGUUCACCCUACCUGUAAGUUGGUUCGGAGAGUAUCGCCGUGGGUCUUCUGACUCUUCCCGGAGAUCCUCCACUGAAAAACCGCGCCGUCCCAGCACCCAUAGUGUUGGCAUUUUACCGAUUAGUAUGUUCGGCGAGGGUGGUGAGAAACCCCGCAAAACGAGCACACAUAGUCUUGGAAUAUUCCCCAUAGGUGGUUUUGACGACGAUUCCUAUGGUUAUAGUGACCCCCGACAGCGCCGAACAAGUGCUGGUCCUUUCAUCACGCCCGAAUUCGAAAGGAAGAACAGCCGUGGAAGUUUAUUUGGGUUUGGUGAUCCCAAAGGUGGGCAGAGAAGAGCAAGUUUCCAGGCACUAGGAGAAAGUGUGAUGCAGUUGUUUUCCAGUAAAUAA